GGCGGCCCUCCCCACCUGGGAUGUUCUUUGAUGGCUUCUUUGAGGAGAGUCAAAGUCCUGCUGAUCUUAAACUUGAUCGCCGUGGCCGGCUUCGUCCUCUUCCUGGCCAAGUGCAGGCCCGUCGCCGUCAAGAGCGGAGGAGACGGCUUCCACGAGAUCCACCCCCGGGCGGAAGUGGCUAACUUGACCGUCCACGCCGUGAACCCCGUCCAGGAGGCCGUCUUGAAGCGGCUCUCGCUUCUGGAAGACAUCGUCUACAGGCAGCUCAAUGGUCUGUCAAAAUCCUUGGGCCUCAUCGAAGGCUAUGGUGGCCGUGGUAAAGGUGGACUACCUGCUACCCUCUCCCCAGAGGAGGAAGAAAAAGCCAAGGGGCCGCAUGAGAAAUACGGCUACAAUUCCUACCUCAGUGAGAAAAUAUCACUAGACCGUUCCAUACCGGAUUACCGGCCAACCAAGUGUAAAGAGCUGAAAUACCCCAAGGAUCUUCCACAGAUUUCCAUCAUUUUUAUCUUUGUGAAUGAGGCGUUGUCGGUCAUCCUGCGUUCGGUGCACAGUGCAGUGAAUCAUACGCCCGCUCACCUCCUGAAGGAGAUCAUCCUCGUUGAUGACAACAGUGAUGAAGAGGAAUUGAAGGCACCCCUAGAGGAGUACGUCAACAAGCGAUACCCCGGCCUUGUGAAGGUAGUACGCAACCAAAAAAGGGAAGGCCUGAUCCGCGCUCGCAUCGAAGGCUGGAAAGUUGCCUCUGGUCAGAUCACUGGCUUCUUUGAUGCACAUGUGGAGUUCACAGCAGGCUGGGCCGAACCAGUUCUCUCACGAAUCCAGGGGAAUCGGAAAAGGGUUAUCCUUCCUUCGAUCGACAACAUCAAGCAGGACACCUUUGAGGUUCAGCGAUAUGAAAAUUCAGCCCAUGGAUACAGUUGGGAGCUGUGGUGCAUGUACAUCAGCCCGCCGAAGGAUUGGUGGGAUGCUGGAGAUCCCUCAUUACCAAUCAGGACCCCGGCAAUGAUCGGGUGUUCGUUUGUUGUGAACCGGAAGUUCUUUGGAGAAAUAGGCCUCCUGGAUCCUGGGAUGGAUGUCUAUGGUGGGGAAAACAUAGAGCUUGGUAUUAAGGUGUGGCUCUGCGGUGGCAGCAUGGAAGUCCUCCCCUGCUCUCGAGUGGCACACAUUGAACGCAAGAAGAAACCUUACAACAACAACAUUGGCUUCUACACAAAGAGAAACGCCCUGCGGGUGGCUGAGGUGUGGAUGGAUGAUUACAAAUCGCACGUGUACAUUGCGUGGAACUUGCCGCUGGAGAAUCCAGGAAUUGAUAUUGGGGAUGUUUCAGAGAGAAAAGCACUAAGGAAAAGCUUGAAAUGCAAGAACUUCCAGUGGUACUUGGACCACGUCUACCCAGAAAUGAGGCGAUACAACAACACCGUUGCAUACGGGGAGCUCCGCAACAACAAAGUGAAAGAUGUUUGCCUGGACCAAGGACCGCAGGAGAACCACACAGCGAUCCUGUAUCCAUGCCACGGGUGGGGCCCCCAGCUUGCCCGCUACACCAAAGAAGGAUUUCUUCACUUGGGUGCUCUUGGGACCACGAUUCUCCUGCCCGAUACCCGAUGUCUAGUGGACAACAUGAAAAGCCAUUCCCCCCAACUCCUCGAUUGCGAGAAAGUCAAGAGCAGUCUCCAUAAGCGCUGGAAUUUCAUACAGAACGGCGCAAUUAUCAAUAAAGGGACAGGACGCUGUUUGGAAGUUGAGAAUAAAGGCUUGUCGGGGAUGGAUCUUAUCCUCCGCAGCUGCACAGGACAAAGAUGGACAAUUAAGAAUUUCAUCAAGUAGAAAUCUCGCCCUUUGCUGACGAACGAAUGGAAAUGAACUCUCGCAAAGGGCCAUUUCAAAGCAAACCCCUUUGCCCUAUUCACAUUAUCAGGGAAGGAUUUUAAGGGAAGAGAAGACAGAUUAAUUUUUUUUUAAAGCUUUUAUUUAUUGAACCGUUCUUCUCUCCACAGCUUUUUCUCUCAAAUGGUAUUCCCUGUUUCUUUUGGAGUGCAACGCUAAGGAUAAUUUCCUGGCCCUUGGCUGAAGUGCCAGCAAAGGGUGCAAGAGGAACAGAGAAUAAACCUUGGCUUUCUUAAAGCCUGCAUUUUCAGGCGAGCUAGACAACCAUGUGAUAUAAACAUAAUCUCCCAAGCUGCUGAAGGAUCCUUUAAAAACUCGGUUUUUCAGUCUUCUUCCAAACUGAUUGUGCAGCUUUGAAAAUCCUGCAGGGAAACCUGAACUUCUUAAAACUACAUUUCAGGAAGCUCCAUGAGGAAAAAAAAGAAAACCCUUUUCUCCUUGCACAGUUGUUGGAUUAUCAUAGUCAAAGUAAAAAAAAAAAAAAAAACCUCCCUCAGACGUCAACAAGUGUGCAGAAUGACAACACGGCUUCUGUGUGCGUUUCUGUUCAUCUUUCUGUCGGUCUUCAUGAAAGAGUGCACUAUUUUUGACAAGGAAUAUUUUAAUGAAGACUUGCUUACCGCCAGCAUUGAAGCGACAGGAUUAAUUUUGGGCUUGUGUGGUUUCUAAAGUGUAAUAAGUAGAACAUCAUUUUUAAAGGGGGAUUUUAAUUUGUGUGAUGUGCUUUAGAGAACAGAAAACGCCCCUCGUCUUACGUGUCAGAAAUGUAUUUCCUGUUACUGUGGACCAUUUUGCCACACACUUGUCCUCUUUCUUAACCACUGACUGAUGAGGAAAAAUACCAGUUUCAUUCUCACCACCAUAGAUAUAGCAAAAAAGGCGGGAAAAUGAGGGAACCUUUCCCUCUCACCGUUGAUUUUGCAUGUUUGCAAUGGGGAUGUUUCUGAUAUUUUCUGAUAUAUUCCGGUAUUUUCCUCAUCUGAUAUUUCUCCUCAUCAAAAUUACAUGCAUUCAAAAUGCUCAAUUGUUCUCGUUUUAUUUCCAGAUUGUGUACAUGACACAGUAUAAAGUACAAGCUGACAUCA